AGCGGUCGAAUCGCGUGGAAAUUCCCACACGACACGAAAUGCGUCGGAGGGCGGUACCAGACACGAAACCGUGGCACUGUGAGCUAUCUCCUCGCACCACCUUAUGUGCUCGCAGAAAUCCGCUGAGUUCGAGGGUAGCUUUCGGUGCAGUUUGCACUUUUCUGCUCAGUGAGCUUUCAACGUGUCAGCAAGUCGUUUUUCACUUAUCUCGUCAUGUUUGUGCAAGGACCACAAAUCAUCAAACAGAGAUCUGGCAAUUCCGAAGAUGAUAGCGACGAGGAAGGUCCUGAAGAUGUUCUCCAGAAACGGCGGGAAGAAUGCGAGAGAAAAGCCAGACGGGGAGAGAUGGACCCCCGUUUGGAAUUUGCCUUUCAGCUCUUGAUGGAUGCAACGCAGCUGUCGCGUCAUGAAGUCAUGGAUCAUGUAUUCGAGGGUGACAUGCUGGAUGAGAUCAAUCAACUGUUCGUACCGCAUAUGAGAUCUACCCUAAUGUGGUACUAUCAGGAAGUUGAAGAGCCAGAACCUCCAACUGAUACGGUGCAGCCAAAGGCUAUAACUUCUAGAUCAGCCCCAAAUGCAACAGCAUCAAAAGUGAAAGAACAAAAAGAGCCAAAGGAACCACCGAAGAAGAAGCUUUUUCUAACUGAUGGAUGGCAAAUGCCUUGCACAGGCAUUUGUAUUUAUAUGUUUAGAAUCAGCGUAUCUAAACAGUUACCAGAAGAAGGAUUUCAAAAAGAUCUCUACACGGGUGUGGUAGAUACGAUGAAAGUGGGCGUAAUAACCUCUAUCCAGCGUGUUGUGGAACAAGUAUUCAUGGAUGCGUUAGCGCAUCCUGGUCCGGAAGGUGAAGAUGAUUGUUCGAUGAUUAAGAGUCUCCUGCUACCGGGCUUGAGAUCCUUUUGCAGCGCUCUUAUAGUUUGCGAGAAGGUAGCAUUUGAGGGUAGCAUAUUCAGUGACGGCGAACCGAUGAUGAUGGAAGUGCACAACUUUGAACAAGCGAAAGCUUUCGUAGCAAAAGAGAACGCCGUUGAACAAGUUGAGGAAAAAGUCAAAUACUGGAUAAAAAAGCUCAAAGACUUUAUGGCGGAAAGUAAGCAAGUUAAAAGAGAGAACGAUAAUUCCGGACCGCAGCAAGAACUCGAAUAUUGGAAACGGCGAGGCGCACAAUUUAGUCAGCUAGUCAAUCAUUUACAGGAUCACGAAGUCACUAUGUCACUUCUAUGUCUACAAGUUGCACGUUCAAAACUAAUUAAAGAUUGGGUCGACGCGGAAGAUGAAGUGACUUAUUGUUACAAUGAAGCGAAAGAUAAUGCAAAAUUUAUUCAGGCACUAGAGAAAUGCUGUCAUUGCCUUUAUCUCGAUGAACCUGUAAAAAUGCGAGAUUCGCUUGUGUCACUAUUGCAAACUGUUCGAUUGAUAUAUAGUGUCUCGAGAUAUUAUAACACUUCCGAAAGAACGAGUUCCUUGAUGAUCAAAAUCACAAAUCAGAUGAUCGCCGCCUGUCGAGAUUAUGUCACGAAAAGAGGUCGGGAAACUAUUUGGGGCCAAGAUCGAAUAGCCGCUCGAUCAAGACUAAAGCAUUGUCUACGUCUAAAUAAAGCUUACAGAGAAACAUACAGAUUGGUUCGAUGUUCGCCAGCAGUUACAGAACAAGAAUUCUCUUUCUCAGAAACCCAUGUUUUCGGUCGAUUUGAUGCUUUCUGUGCUAGAAUUCGUAAGAUUCUUACCAUGUUUGAUCUCAUACAGGAUUAUCAAACUCUUUUUGAGAGACGAAUGGAAGGAUUACUUCUUGGAGAAGCGUUAGAUGAGGCCAUGAAAACCUUUGAAGAAACUAAGAAGAUCGCUACUAGCAAAUCUUACGAUUAUCUGGAUCCAAGGAAUAUUGAUUUUGAUAUUGACUAUGAUGACUUUAUGAUGAAAACAAACAUAUUAAAAGAGAAUAUCGGCGAGAUCAUUGAAAAUAAUUACGCCGAUGUAUGGGAAACACCGCAGGGUAUACGGUUUCUAACACGAUUUGAAAAGGUUAGCGAAAAAAUACCGCUAACAAAAUUGGAAGAGAAGUACAACGUUGUCGUGAGAUAUUCCGAUAAAGAGAUAGAUCGAAUUUUAAAACUGUUCAAGCGGCAAAGAGAUGAUCCGCCGUUGCCAAGACACAUGCCACCUAUAGUUGGACGAUUGACUUGGGCAAAUUCCUUAAAAGUACAUCUGGAUGAGUUGACGGCAUCCGUAUCAAAUCAUCCUGUUCUAAAGACGUUACCACUAACUGUCGAUUUAAUGAAAAGAUACAAUCACGCUAUCGCUAUUCUAAAACAAUAUCAGGCCGACAUUGCUGAGAUUUGGACGCAUCAAAAUUCCUGGGUCAUCGAGGAUUGUUUGAAACGACCGCUCUUGGUAGUUGAUGAGAAAUCGGCAAAAGUAAAGGUCAACUUGGAAAAUCGAAUCGUUCUUUUAUUCCGUGAAGCCGAUUGUUUAGCGAAAAUAAAUUUGGAGAUUCCAAUCGUUGCACUAACAAUAUUAACGAAAAAAGAUUAUUUUACGCUGAUCACGGAUUCUCUUCAACUUAUGAUUGAGGAAUUCAUUUGUACCGCCAAGCGCGUAAAAUUGGAAGUUCGGCCGCUAUUGUUACCGCAUUUAGUUUGCGUUGCAUCUUUAUUAGAACCUGGCUUAACAACUUUAACGUGGACUAAGCCAGAUUGGAAGGAUUUUUGUCAGAAUACAAAGGAACAGAUCAAAACCUUCGAUAUUCUUAUCACAAGAGUUCAUGAUGUAUACGAUAAUAGGAUUUUACAAGUAUUGGCGAGUAUGCAAAAAGUAACCUUGCACGCUUUACCUGAAUCCGAUCAACCAUGGAUGAUAGAAGAAUUUGUAGAGAAAAACGAGGAAAUAUGUAGGAUGGCAGCGGUAGAUUUACAUCGUAAGAGUACAAUGAUCGAGGAAGCGGUGGAAGAAGUAUUACAACUCGUUAGAAAAGCCACAGAUAGCUUCAAAAGCACCGCCAAUUCCAAUCAAUUCGAUUUUCUUUUUAAUGAAAGAACAGAGGGAGAGGAAGCGAUGGAACAAACUGUCCAGCAAGAUUGGUCCGUGGUAUGGAAUUGCUUCGAUGAUCCCCAUCAGUUACUGAUGACACCCGGUACUUUACCCAAAGGCAUGCAAGAAAUGGUUCGGAACGCAGUAUCUGAGAUGAGGCGAUAUUAUUCCAGGAAGAUCGUGGAUGUAUUAAUAAAAGUCACCAGAGUAUCUUUAGAUGCAAUCAGAAAACGAUUUGUUCGGGAACUCGAUUCCGAAGCUGCCCCGAACCCGGUGUUUUUAUUGCAUGCGACACUGAUGAUUCCGGUAGUAACAGUUAAACCAAGCUUAGAUGACGUUCAAGAAGCAUUGACGUCAGUUGGAAAAACUAUCACAGGCGUCGCGAAAGGAGUGGCGCAAUGGAAUUCCAGAGGUAGCAAGAGUAUGUGGAAAAAUCUGCCUUAUUCAUCCAAACGAAAUCUGGCCGAUGUCAUACUGCGGGCGCAAAGUAAUGCCGCGAAACAGAAGCAGGAAGAACCGGAAGAUCCGAAAACCAGAAGACGAAGACUUUACAAAAUUCUCUCUGAGGAGAGGCCGGUAUUUCCAGUUCAGGAGAAAAAUUUUUAUACGAUGGUUAUGGACAAUAAAGAAAUUAUUAAAUUGCUCGGCAUGUUGAGCACUUGCACCAUGGAAUUGCGUCAAGAUUUAAAAGAAUUUCUCGAUCGUUGGAAGCCUUAUAAAUUUCUCUGGAAGAAUGAGCGCACUAUGAGAGAAUUGCUGCAAAUUUCUUUGACAGAAUUUGAAGCUACUCUCCGUAAACACAGUGAACUCGAAGAUCGUUUAACUACCGAGCCGGAUAUGAUUAUAUUUGGUACAUCGAUCGCUGUAUCGACAGAAAAAUUAAAGUAUGGUCUUUAUACGGAAAUCAAAGGUUGCACACAUAAAAUCGGUCAAGCGAUGAAGAAGAAGUAUCGUCGCGAAAUGGAGUACGUUUAUGCGCUGAUAAAUGAAAUGGAUCGCAAAUUGGAUCACCAGAUUCGCGAUUUAGAUGAUGUACGUCUCAUUAUGGACACUUUGAAGAAGAUUCGCGAGCAGGAGGUUGAUAUGGAACUUAAGAUUGAUCCCAUCGAAGAAGCCUUCAACAUAGUCACUCGAUACGAAGUGCCCGUGGAUCAGGAAUGCUUGGAGCAGGUCGAUAACUUGCGAGACACGUGGCAGAAUCUGUUGGCACGAGCGCAAGAAAGUCACGUAUUAUUGUUGACAUUGCAACCGCAAUUCGAAAACGAUCUGCGGAACAAUCUCGAGAAAUUCCGCACGGAUAACGAAAUGUACUGCGAGGAGUAUAGAUCGUCCGGACCGAUGCAGUCGGGUCUGAGCCCCCGAGAGGCUUCGGAUCGGCAAAUACUGUUCCAGAAUAGGUUCGAUGGUAUGUGGCGGAAGCUGCAGACUUAUCAGAGCGGCGAAGAGCUUUUUGGCUUGCCCAUCACCGAUUAUCCAGAACUUUCGCAAAUCAGAAAGGAGCUGAAUUUACUGCAGAAGUUGUACAAACUAUAUAACGAUGUCAUCGACAGAGUCAGCAGCUAUUAUGAUAUUCCAUGGGGCGAGGUUAAUAUCGAAGAGAUAAACAACGAGCUGAUGGAGUUUCAAAAUCGCUGUCGCAAAUUGCCAAAAGGAUUAAAGGAAUGGCCAGCGUUCUUUGCGCUUAAGAAGACGAUCGACGACUUCAACGAUAUGUGUCCCCUCCUCGAACUGAUGGCGAACAAAGCUAUGAAACCACGCCACUGGCAGAGAAUCGUAGAAGUCACGGGAUACUCGUUCGAUCUUGAGAGCGAAGGUUUCUGUCUUAAAAAUAUUCUUGAAGCGCCGCUCCUAAAGAACAAAGAAGACAUCGAGGACAUUUGUAUAUCUGCUAUGAAGGAAAAGGAUAUUGAGGCCAAAUUAAGAACAGUAGUAAAUGAAUGGUCAUCGCACGAGUUGACCUUCAUGACAUUUAACAAUAGAGGAGAAUUGUUGCUGAGGGGAGAUACAACAGCAGAAACCAUCGGUCAGCUGGAAGAUAGUUUAAUGGUCCUUGGUUCGCUCAUGUCGAAUCGCUACAACGCGCCCUUCAGAAAGCAGAUACAACAGUGGCUCACGGAUUUAUCCAAUACGAACGAGAUCCUCGAGAGAUGGUUGCUCGUGCAGAAUAUGUGGGUUUAUCUCGAGGCAGUAUUCGUGGGCGGCGACAUCGCGAAACAAUUACCGAAAGAGGCGAAGAGAUUCAGCAAAAUCGACAAAAGCUGGCAGAAGAUUAUGCAACGCGCCCACGAAACACCAGGAGUUGUACCUUGCUGUGUGGGGGAUGAUUUGCUGAAGCAGCUUCUGCCACAUUUGCAGGAGCAAUUGGAGCUCUGUCAAAAAUCUCUGAGUGGCUAUUUGGAGAAGAAGCGCAUGAUGUUUCCAAGGUUUUUCUUUGUUUCUGAUCCUGCGCUCUUGGAGAUACUUGGCCAAGCGUCCGAUUCUCAUACUAUACAAAACCACUUACUCUCUAUUUUCGAUAACACACGCUAUGUGAAGUUUCACGACAUUGAGUAUAAUAAAAUGACAGCCAUUGUUUCAUCAGAAGGUGAGACUAUAGUGCUUGAGAAAGCAGUAAGAGCAGAAGGUUCGGUGGAAACGUGGUUGAUGCAAUUAUUACAAACAUCGCAACUUUCUUUGCAUUCCAUUAUCCGUCAGUGUUACAGUAUGAUCAACGAUGCAAAUUUCAAUUUUUUGAGUUUUCUCGAUAAAAUGGCCGCUCAGAUAGGCCUAUUAGGCAUUCAAAUGAUUUGGACGCGAGAUGGUGAAUUAGCUUUGGCUCAAGCUCGCGCGGAUAAAAAAAUUAUGAUCGAAACAAAUAAUAAGUUCCUUGAUCUUUUAAAUACAUUGAUCGAUCAAACUACCAGAGAUCUUACUAAAAUAGAACGAAUUAAGUUCGAAACAUUAAUUACUAUACAUGUGCAUCAACGUGAUAUUUUUGAUAUAUUGUGCCGCUUAAAUGUACGAUCCGUGAAUGACUUCGAAUGGUUGAAACAGUGCAGAUUUUAUUUUAAGGAAGAUUUAGACAAAACUUUAAUAUGUAUCACAGAUGUUAAUUUUACAUAUCAAAAUGAAUACUUAGGAUGUACCGAGCGACUGGUUAUUACGCCAUUAACCGAUAGGUGUUAUAUAACGUUAGCGCAAGCUCUUUCAAUGUCAAUGGGAGGAUCUCCGUGCGGUCCGGCAGGAACCGGGAAAACUGAGACUGUAAAAGACAUGGGAAAGACCUUAGCAAAGUACGUAGUAGUCUUCAAUUGUUCAGAUCAAAUGGAUUAUCGAGGAUUAGGUCGUAUCUACAAAGGAUUAGCGCAAAGUGGCUCGUGGGGUUGUUUCGAUGAAUUCAAUAGAAUCGAACUGCCAGUUUUAUCGGUCGCCGCACAACAAGUCGCUGUAGUGCUUGCCGCAAAAAAAGAAAAGAAGAAGCAAUUUGUCUUUACGGAUGGAGAUCAGAUCGAUAUGUGCCCAGAACUUGGAAUUUUCAUUACUAUGAAUCCUGGAUAUGCGGGACGUAAAGAACUGCCUGAAAAUUUAAAGAUACAAUUUCGCACAGUAGCUAUGAUGGUGCCUGAUCGUCAGAUUAUUAUACGUGUAAAAUUAGCCAGUUGUGGAUUUCUGGAGAACAUUACUCUUGCUCGUAAAUUUUAUACUCUUUAUAAAUUAUGCGAGGAGCAAUUGACCAAGCAGGUUCACUAUGACUUUGGUCUGCGAAAUAUAUUGUCUGUAUUAAGAAGCUUAGGAGCGGCCAAGAGGGUCAAUUCCAAGGACUCGGAAAGUACAAUCGUUAUGCGUGUUCUAAGAGACAUGAAUCUUUCGAAACUCAUAGAUGAAGACGAACCACUCUUCAUAUCUCUCGUAGCUGAUUUGUUUCCCAACCAAACGUUGGAGAAAACAUCGUAUCCUGAAUUGGAAGCAGCUAUUAAUGAACAAGUAGAGGAAGCUGAAUUGAUUUAUCACUCGCCAUGGGUGUUGAAAUUAAUACAACUUUAUGAGACGCAAAGAGUAAGACAUGGUAUUAUGACAUUAGGUCCGACCGGUGCUGGCAAGACUACUUGCAUACAUACGUUAAUGAAAGCAUUGACACAAUGUGGCAAUUAUCACAGAGAAAUGAGAAUGAAUCCUAAAAGUAUAACAGCCGCUCAAAUGUUCGGCCGUUUGGAUGUAGCUACCAACGAUUGGACGGACGGGAUUUUCUCAGCUUUAUGGCGUAAAACGAUGAAAUUAAAAAAGGGGGAGCACGUAUGGCUAGUGCUCGAUGGUCCUGUUGAUAGCAUUUGGAUAGAAAAUUUAAAUUCCGUGUUGGACGAUAAUAAAACUUUGACUCUGGCUAAUGGCGAUAGAUUAUCAAUGGCGCCAACGUGUAAAAUUAUUUUCGAGCCGCAUAAUAUUGACAAUGCAAGUCCUGCAACUGUUUCGCGAAAUGGCAUGGUAUACAUGAGUUCUUCAGGUUUAAAUUGGAAUCCAGUUGUUACUGCUUGGCUAAAAACACGAUCAUCAUUGGAACAGGAAGUUCUAGAUCAAUUGUUUACAGAUUCUUUUGCACAGGUUUAUUCGUGGAGCACUCAAACGCUAGUACUUGCCAUCAAUGUCUUGCAAUGUAAUAUAAUAAGACAAAUGCUUUGCUUGCUGGAAGGUUUAAUACCUGAAGAAACAACAGUAGAAGAAGCCGAAGAUGAAGAUUUAGAGAAAGACAAACCUCAACCUGUAACUGCGGAAUAUCUAAAACGUCUUUAUGUAUUCGCAUUAGUGUGGGGUAUAGGAGCAUUGCUGGAAACUGUCGACAGACAAAAGUACGACAGAUAUCUUCGAGAAAACUUCAAUACCUUGGAUCUUCCGACUUCCGAUAGAUAUCCGGAUGCCACAGUAUUCGAUUUUUUCGUCACUGAUAAAGGCGUGUGGGACACGUGGACAAGCAUGGUGACCAAUUAUGUCUAUCCUGAAUAUUCAGCGCCUGAUUACAGUAAUGUUUUGGUGCCUAUACCGGAUAAUGUAAGAAUUCAAUAUCUCGUGAAUUUGAUUGGUCGUCAGGAUAAAGCUGUAUUGCUAAUAGGCGAGCAGGGCUCCGCUAAAACUGUUAUGAUGAAGUCGUACAUGAAGAAAACAAAUCCAGACACAACUUUGAGUCGCUCCUUCAAUUUUAGUUCAGCGACCAGUCCAUACCAAUUCCAGAAAACCAUCGAAAGCUAUGUCGAAAAACGUAUGGGAAAUACAUUUGGGCCAUCAGGCGGCAAAAAGAUGUUGAUUUUUAUCGAUGAUGUGAAUUUACCGCAAAUCAAUGAAUGGGGCGAUCAAAUAACUAAUGAAAUCGUUCGACAGACUAUGGACAUGAAAGGAUUUUAUUCUCUGGAAAAACCCGGCGACUUCAUUGCCAUCGUAGAUGUAAUUUUCUUAGCAGCCAUGUGUCAGCCCGGCGGCGGAAGAAACGAUAUUCCCUCGAGACUCAAGAGACAGUUUUGUAUUUUUAAUUGUACAUUACCCGACAAUGUGGCGAUCGAUCGAAUUUUUAGUGUUUUAGGCGAAGGACAUUACAAUGUCAAAAGAGGAUUUUCUCAAGAAGUCCGUCAGCUCGUUAAGAAAAUGAUUCCCUUAACUAGAAUACUUUGGGAAAAAACACGGACGAAACUGUUACCAACACCAGCGAAGUUUCAUUAUGUCUUUAGUCUCCGAGAUCUCUCGAGAAUCUGGCAGGGUAUGGUCGGUACAUUGUCAACGGUUAUUGAUAAGGAAAGCGUGCUGAUGCUGCUUUGGAAGCACGAAUGUACACGAGUGUUCAGUGACAGAUUUACGAUACAAAAUGAUAAAGAUUGGUUUGACGAAGAAUUGAUUCGCGUCGUGGCCGAUAUUUUAGGCGAAAAAUACGUAAACAUGUUGGAUCAAGAGCCUGCAUUUGUCGAUUUUAUGAGAGACGCUCCAGAACCGACUGGUGAAGAAGGUGAGGACGCAGAUGUAGAGCUUCCUAAGGUAUACGAACCUGUUUAUGACGCGCAAGUGUUACGAGACAGAUUAGACAUGUUUCUAGCACAGUUCAAUGAAAUGCAGAGAGGUGCUGGGAUGGAUCUAGUAUUUUUCCCUGACGCCAUGCUGCACUUAGUAAAAAUAUCUAGAGUCAUUAGGCAUCCGAAAGGCAAUGUAAUGCUAGUAGGCGUCGGCGGUUCUGGCAAACAAAGUCUGACAAAACUAUCCUCUUUUAUUGCCGGAUACAAGACAUUUCAAAUUACCUUGACUAGAUCUUAUAAUGUAGCCAACUUUUUAGAAGAUCUCAGAUUUCUGUAUCGCACUUGCGGUGCUCAAGGCAAAGGUACAACAUUUAUCUUCACCGAUAUCGACAUCAAGGAGGAAGGCUUCCUUGAAUAUUUGAAUAAUAUUCUGAGCUCUGGAGUUAUCAGCAAUUUAUUCACGCGUGACGAGCAAGCGGAAAUCAUUUCAGAAUUAACACCUAUCUUGAGACGAGAAAAUCCUAAAAGAACUCUCAAUAAUGAAUUGGUGAUGGACUUCUUUUUACAAAGAACUUGCCAAAAUUUACAUGUUGUUUUUUGCUUCUCUCCUGUGGGUGAAAAAUUCCGGAAUCGCGCACAGCGUUUUCCGGCUCUGAUUUCAGGCUGCACUAUAGAUUGGUUUCAACCUUGGCCAAAGGAUGCUUUAAUUUUGGUUGCCAAACAUUUUCUUCAUGAUUUUGAAAUUGCUUGCACUAACGAUGUGAAGACUGAACUAGUGAAUGCAUUGGGAUCUAUACAAGAUAUUGUUUCGAAAAUUUCGAUCGAAUAUUUCCAAAGAUUUCGACGCGCUACUCACGUGACUCCGAAAUCUUAUUUAAAUUUUAUUGGUGGAUACAAAAACAUUUAUCGGUCCAAGCAACAUGAGCUUGGUGAAGGAGCCAAAAGAAUGGACACAGGUUUAGCAAAACUCGAGGAAGCGUCGAUAUCUGUUGAAAUCCUGAAGAGAGAUUUAGCCGUAAUGGAACAAGAAUUGGUCCAGGCUUCCGAGAAAGCCGAGACGGUACUUUUAGAAGUAACGGAGAGAGCCAUGCAGGCUGAAGCUUUUAAAAAUCAAGUGCAAAAAGUAAAGGAAAAAGCGGAGCAAUUGGUAGCCUGUAUAGCUGAUGAAAAAGCGCUGGCCGAACAAAAAUUAGAAGCUGCAAAACCAGCGUUAGAAGAAGCAGAGGCUGCUCUGAAUACUAUAAAACCUGCUCACAUAGCAACGGUAAGAAAGCUAGGCAGACCACCUCAUCUCAUAAUGAGAAUCAUGGAUUGCGUAUUAAUUUUGUUUCAACGUAAAAUCGGUUCCGUUGUGCCCGACACCGCUGCACCAUGUCCUAAACCAUCGUGGGCAGAAUCGUUGAAACUUAUGGCCAGUACGACGUUUUUGUUACAAUUGCAAAAUUAUCCGAAAGACAUAAUCAAUAACGAAAUGGUCGAGCUAUUGCAACCCUACUUCAAAAUGGAAGAUUAUAAUAUGGAAACAGCUAGACGUGUAUGCGGUGACGUUGCUGGUUUAUUGUCAUGGACCAAGGCUAUGGCAUUCUUCCACUCUGUCAACAAGGAAGUUCUCCCGUUAAAAGCUAAUUUAGCAUUGCAAGAAGCACGAUUAAAACUCGCUAUGGAGGAUCUGGCGAAUGCUGAACGAGAAUUAUCCGAAAGAGAAAUGGCUUUACAAACAGUUAAGCAGCAAUACGAUUCCGCAGUAGCGGAAAAGCAAAGAUUGACAGAGGCUGCAAAUGUGUGCCUGAGAAAAAUGACAGCUGCGACUGCUUUAAUAAAUGGAUUAGGUGGAGAGAAGAUUCGUUGGACGGAACAAAGCGGAGAAUUUAAGAUUCAACUAGGACGAUUAGUCGGAGAUGUUCUUUUGGCAACUGGAUUUUUAUCGUACUGCGGGCCUUACAAUCAACAGUAUCGAGCAAGUUUAGUAACUGCGUGGAUGGAUAUAUUGACCACUAAAUCUAUACCUUUUACUAAAAAUUUAAAUAUAACAAAUAUGCUCGUCGAUACCGCAACAAUAUCGGAAUGGACCCUUCAGGGAUUGCCGAACGAUGAGUUAUCUGUACAGAAUGCGCUUAUCGUCACCAAAUCUUCGUCUUAUCCGCUUCUUGUGGAUCCUCAGAAUCAAGGAAAGAUGUGGAUCAAGAAUAAGGAGAGCACAAACGAAUUGCAGAUUACUUCGCUAAAUCAUAAAUACUUUCGUACUCAUCUCGAGGAUAGCCUUUCAUUGGGUAGACCAUUGCUAAUCGAGGACGUUGCAGAGGAACUCGAUCCAGUACUCGAUAACGUACUCGAAAAAAACUUUAUUAAAUCAGGAUCUAUCGAAAAAGUCAUUGUUGGAGAUAAAGAAUGCGACGUAAUGCCAGGAUUCAUGUUAUACAUUACUACCAAGCUACCAAAUCCAGCGUACAGUCCAGAAAUAUCCGCGAAAACGUCGAUUAUUGACUUUACCGUGACAAUGUUAGGUUUAGAAGAUCAAUUACUAGGUCGAGUGAUACUUAUGGAAAAAGCCGAUUUGGAAGCAGAAAGAGUCGCUCUAUUUGAAUCAGUUAUGACUAAUCAACGUUCGAUGAAAGAACUUGAAGGUACGCUAUUACACAGACUUACAUCUUUGGAAGGUUCUUUGGUGGACGAUGAAGAGUUAAUAACUGUUCUUCGAGAAACCAAGAUUACGGCCGAGUCGGUGAAUGAAAAACUGCAAGUAUCUGCUCUUACUGAGAAAAAAAUCACGUUGGCACGCGAAGAAUUUCGUGCAGUUGCGUCAAGAGGAUCCAUCCUGUAUUUCUUGAUAGUUGAAAUGAGCAAUGUUAAUGUGAUGUAUCAAAAUUCAUUAAGACAAUUCUUGACAAUAUUUGAUAAUUCAAUCACGAAAUCUGUGAAGAGUCCGAUUACUUCCGAACGAAUAAACAUAAUUCUCCGUCAUCUUACGUAUGAAGUUUGGGCGUUUACUCUGAGAAGUCUUUACGAAAGGCAUAAACCUUUGUUUACGCUGAUGCUAGCCAUGAAGAUAGAUUGUCACAGAGGCAUUAUUUCUCAUGCAGAAUUUAACGCUUUUAUAAAAGGCGGCGCAUCCUUAGAUCUUAAUGCAGUAACUCCGAAACCAUUUAAAUGGAUACUUGAUAUAACGUGGCUAAAUUUGGUCGAAAUAAGCAGACUAGAAAUAUUUUCAGAAAUUUUAACUAAAAUUGAAUUUAGCGAAAAAGAGUGGAGAAUAUGGUACGAAAAAGAGAAGCCAGAGGAGGAAGAAUUGCCUUGCGGCUAUCAAAAAAGUCUUGAUGUGUUCCGAAAGUUACUUCUCAUCAGAUCAUGGAGUCCCGACAGAACUUUAUCCCAAGCGAGAAGAUAUAUCAUUGAAUCGUUGGGUAAAGAAUACGGCGAAGCUAAAAUAUUGGACUUAGAAACAACGUGGUUAGAAUCUGAAACUAGAACGCCGCUGAUAUGCUUAUUAUCUAUAGGAUCUGACCCGAGUCCUCAAAUUACAGCAUUAGCUAAACAAAAAACAAUUCCAUUAAAUUCGGUAUCGAUGGGGCAAGGUCAAGAAUUUCAUGCUCGAAGAAUGAUUAACGAAGCUAUGAGUACUGGCGGCUGGGUUCUUUUACAAAAUAUCCAUUUAUCAUUGCCCUUUUGUACAGAAGUAAUGGAUGCUCUUGUUGAAACAGAAACUGUUCACGAGAUAUUCAGACUCUGGAUGACGACUGAAGUACAUCCUCAAUUUCCCAUCGGUUUACUACAGAUGGCUAUCAAAUUUACAAAUGAACCACCUCAAGGCAUAAGAGCUAGUUUGAAGAGAACUUACCAAGCGGUGACACAGGACAUAUUGGAUUACAGUACUCAAUCGCAAUGGCCACCUUUAUUGUAUGCUGUUGCAUUUUUACACACUGUAGUACAGGAGAGAAGAAAAUUUGGACCACUCGGUUGGAAUAUACCUUAUGAAUUUAAUCAGGCAGAUUUUGCAGCAUCAGUUCAAUUCAUACAGAAUCAUUUAGAUGAUAUGGAUCCUAAAAAGGGUGUUUCCUGGCCAACAGUCUGCUAUAUGCUUGGAGAGGUCCAAUACGGCGGUAGAGUUACGGACGAUUUUGACAAACGCUUAUUAACUACUUUUACGCAUGUCUGGUUUUGCGAUGUAUUGUUACGACCGGGCUUUGAAUUUUAUCGAGGAUAUAGAGUGCCCCAAACGAGAAAUCUUCAAGGAUAUCUCGAUUAUAUCGACAGUUUACCCGCUACCGACACUCCAGAAGUCUUUGGAUUACAUUCAAAUGCUGAUAUUACCUAUCAGAUCAAUACAGCGAAAGGAAUACUCGACACAAUUCUUAGCGUACAGCCAAAAGAGGGUGGCGCGCAAGGAGGUGAGACUAGAGAAAACGUCGUGUACAAAUUAGCCAAUGAUAUGCUAUCUAAAUUACCGAAGCAAUACAAUUCCUUCGAAGUAAAGGAAGCACUUCAAAGAAUGGGGCCAUUGAUGCCUAUGAACAUUUUUUUAAGGCAAGAAGUAGACCGAAUUUCAAGAGUUAUCCAAGAAGUACGAAGCACUUUAACGGAUUUAAAAUUAGCUAUCGAUGGUACUAUCGUGAUGAGCCAAGGUUUGCGAACAUCAUUGGACUCAAUGUAUGACGCGCGUAUUCCGGACAAAUGGUUGAAAAUAUCUUGGGAAUCUGCGACUUUGGGUUUCUGGUAUACAGAACUUUUAGAAAGAGAUCAUCAAUUCAGACAAUGGUGCAAUCACGGCCGUCCGAGAGUGUUUUGGAUGACUGGAUUUUUUAAUCCACAGGGAUUCUUAACAGCGAUGAGGCAGGAAGUAACAAGAGCGCACAAGGGUUGGGCUUUAGACUCUGUAGUUUUGCAAAACGUGAUUACGCGCUAUAAUAAAGAGGACAUUAAAAGUCAGCCACAAGAAGGAGUUUACGUCCAUGGUUUGUUUUUAGAAGGCGCAUCGCUCGAUCGAAAAGCCGGUAAACUCGUUGAGAGUAGACCAAAAGUUUUGUAUGAACAAAUGCCGGUUAUUUAUAUUUUCGCAAUAAACACCACUGCCGGUAAAGAUCCGAAAUUGUAUGAAUGUCCUAUAUAUAGAAAGCCUCAAAGAACAGAUUCAAAAUACGUAGGUUCUAUUGAUUUCGAAACGGAUUACAAUCCUCGACACUGGACACUACGUGGUGUAGCUCUGUUAUGUGAUAUUAAAUAAAGAAUUAGAUAAUGUAUAAUAUAAUUAUAUAAAGGUAUAAUGUAAAUAAUUUAAAAUUAUAUCUAUAAUUAAAAUCUAUAAUUAAAUUAUAUCUAUA